UACAUUCGAUAUCUUCUUCAGAAUACGUUUGCCGCGUAUGCGUGAGAGAAGUGAUUCGUGUACCAUCAUUGGUUCAAUCAAGUGUUGCAAGCUGCAAUUAUGUUGACACUUGACACGUCGAAGUCGUAAUCUCCGCGGUAUCCGCGUUUCGCCGUGACGUUUAAUUGCGAUUUCUAACACUGACACAACGUGUUUAUUGAUAUAAGAUAAGCGCGCAAGUAUAAUCUUGAUAAUUUCGGCCGCGCCGCCGUUGCGCACAGACAGCGCGUCGUCGUAGAAUGUUUCUCAUUCUACGACAUUUUGUAGGUUAGAAUCUCCCAUUCUCUACACGUCUGCUUGUGAUUCGCCGACCUAUUUUCUUGUCUUAUUUCUCCACGAAAAUUCGGACGCGUGUUUGGUUUGUUGCCAAGCGCGAAGAAACGCAUACGACACAAGGAAACAAACGUUGUACUUGAGGGACGCGAUGCGAUGACUGCCGGUGACUGCUAAAUCGUAGGUCGACUCGCCACGAUUGGUGCAAGAAACGAUCAACAAUGGCAAAAUUUAGGAUGCUGCCACGCACGUCGCGCAUCGUCGCGCUCUGCUCGGCUGCGAAUUUUAUAAAUGCCGCGGACAGAGUCAUCAUGCCCAUCGCCAUUGUCCCGAUGACCGAUGAGUUCAAGUGGAACCUAUACUGGCAAGGAUGGAUAUUGUCCGCGUUUGCUUUCGGAUAUUUUACCAGUCAGAUCAUUGGUGCAAGUACGGCGAGUCGUUUUGGUUGUAAAACGGUACUCAUGUUAGCAGUUUUGCUAUGGUCCAUUAGUACAGUUGUCACACCAUUGCUAGCACAGUCUGUACCACUACUCAUAGUCUGUAGGGUAGUCCUAGGACUCGGGGAAGGAUUAGGCCUACCAGUGAUAUUUCACUUAUUCGCUCAUAACGUUCCUGUAGAAGAAAGAUCACGUGCUUUUGGUUAUUUAGUAGCUGCUGGUUCUGUUGGUCAAGUAGUUGCAUCUGUUAUAUGUCCGCACUUGGCAUGGAAAACUGGAUUUUAUCUAUUUGGAACAAUAGGUAUCAUAUGGACUUUGCUAUGGCUGAUGUUAUAUCAGGAAACGAAUUCUCAAGAUGAGAUACCAUUAUUUGUCCCUAAAAUAGCUCAGAAUAGAAGCUUGCGUUGGACUGAGUUUAUCACCCACUGGCCCUUGUGGGCUUUGUAUAUAGCACACUUUGCCAUGAAUUGGAGCAAUUAUAUAAUAAUGCAAUGGCUACCAACAUAUUUAGCAAGAAAUUUGUCGGCAAACAAGGAAAGCAUUAGCUUAACAGCUCUUCCUUAUAUUGUUAAUUCUCUUAUUGGUAUUGUUGCUGGCCACAGUGCUGACACUUUAAUACAGAAAAGAUGGUCCGUUUUAUCUGUUAGAAGAUUGAUGACAAAUAUAGGCCUAAUAGGACCAGGUGCAUUUUUAUUAGCUUUCUGUGCUGUAGAUAAUCUGCUUGCUGCAGUCAUCUUUGUUUCGAUAUCCAUGGGCCUCUGUGCAUGCAAUUCUGCUGGACACCUAAGUAAUCACGCAGAUAUAGCUCCGAAUCAUGCAGGAAUUACAUUUGCAGUUUCGAAUACAAUUGCAACAGUACCUGGAAUUCUCUGUGGACCACUGACGGCCGAACUAGUGACUGCUUCACAUGGUUGGUGGAUGCCCGUCUUUGUGUUGGCGGCAGCAAUUAAUUUCACUGGGGCUAUAAUAUACCAAAGCCACAGCUCGGCGCUUCCAGUGUUAUGAUAUGUUCUAUCUUUCAUUCAGUGGUUAUAUAUUAUUGAAGAAAGAAAAAUGAUCAAGUGUUUGUUGAAGACGAUGAUAAAAUGUUUGCUCUGAAAUUGUUGUGAAUGUCUGAUAAAAUAAUUGUGAAUAUUUAGAAAAAUAUGGUGCAUUUGGUCAUUGCCAGUCAAAGACAUAUCAUGAUACUUCAUUUAUACUUUAAAUAAAUUUUUAUUAUCUUUUUUGAAACCACAAUGUGUGAUUUUGACAAAUAGUGCCAUACUUUGAUGAAAUGAAACUGGUUUGAA